UUUGGUGAAACCGGAGGUGUGGUUUCUUUACAUGCUUAGCUAGUUGUUGUAGAUGUAAACAUUGAUGCAAAUGAACUUGAACCGUAAUUUUCCUACUGUUUGGGUAUUUGUUUUUGUCGCUGUCGGAAUAGCAGCUCAAAUGGCACGGUUUUAGGCAUCUACAUGGAGACAAGUUGGCCAACCUACUUGGUGGAUCUUCAAGUUAGAGGGUGUGAGAUGCUGUUUGAUGCAGGUCGUUGGGGAUUCGACAUUCAGCGAUGGAGAACGGGAGUCUGGGCUACAUGAGGGGGGAGUGUGUGUCUCUGAAUGUUGGCGGCUGCUUGUACCGCACUUCUUUGUCCACACUGCGGCGCUAUCCGGACUCCAUGUUGGGAGCCAUGUUCAGAGGAGACCUGCCCACCGUGAAGGACGCACAGGGAAACUACUUUAUUGACCGCGACGGGACACUGUUCAGAUACGUCUUAAACUUCCUGCGCACGUCGGAGCUCACUCUUCCCUGCGACUUCAAAGAGACAGAGCUGCUGAGAAAAGAGGCCGACUUCUACCAGAUCGAGCCCCUGCUGCAGUGUCUGGGAGACCCCAAGCCCACACCGCUGUAUCCCACCGACUCGUACGAGGAAGUGGUGGAGCUGUCCAGUACCAGGAAGCUGUCCAAAUACUCUAACCCCGUGGCAGUCAUCAUCACCCAGCUAACGGUCACCACCAAGGUGCAGAGUGUUCUGGGGGCCAUCUCCAACAGCUUCACAAAGUGGAACAAACACAUGAUGGACACCAGGGACUACCAGGUCUCCUUCACCUUCGGACCUUGUGACCACCAACAGGAAGUCAGCCUGAGAGUCCACCUGCUCGAGUUCAUCUCCAAAGCUGGAUUUACAAUACGCAACACUCGAGUCCACCACAUGAGUGAACGAGCCAACGAGAACACAGUGGAACAUCACUGGACGUUCUGCCGACGCACUCAUAAAGUCCAUGAUUAAACUCUGAAAAACUGACAUUUACCGAGAAUGAACAGGUGGAGAUGCAGUGGAAUGUACAAUUUAAGUUAUUUGUAAAUAUGUGAACUGAUGGUUUCAUUUUGAUAUGGGCUUACAUCAGGACAACCUUUCGUCCAAGACUGGAGCAUGUGCCACAUCAGUGAAGCAGGGAUAAAAAGACUGAACCUUAAUGCAUCUCAUGGAACCCUGAAUUUAAAAGUUUUCUUGUUGUUUGUGUACAUUCCUGUUUGGUUUUCUUCUUGUGUGUCCCUUUAAAAUGUAAGGGCAGUUAAUAUUUUAUUUAAUACUUAUUUCAGUUAAUACUUUUUGACUAGCUAACCAUCCUUUUUCACCAGGUAUCACUAAAAUCCACCUACCCUCAGGCUGUGUUACAUAGUCAUUAUGAUACCUCAAGUCAUAUAACCACGACACGAUUACCAAAAAUGUUUGCACUGUUGUAAACAUGAGUUUACCUGUUUUUGUCAGAGUCAUAGUGUUCUUUGAUCAACCUGAAAAAUAUUCAGUACUCUAUUCCUGCUGCUAGAUUCUGUCUAGUCUUCAUUUUCAUGUUGCAUUGCCUAAGCCUUCUACAGCUCCUGGACCUAAGACAGCUUCACUGACCAACUGUACCAAUGGAGGAGCUAUACUUAGGACUUCAUGAUAUUUAAUGGAGGUUCCACAAUUACCUUGAGCUGAAAGAGAGAUUUUUGUCAGAUUUAAAAUUUCAAACUCAAGAAACUGUUUUGUAACUGUAAAUUUAGUAUAGUGAACAUGCAAGCUAUAGCAAAACGUCACAUAGGCAAAAUCAUACUUUUGAAAGCAUCGAUUAACAUAAGAGACAUCCGAGCUGCCCCUGCUACGCCUUCUUGCUGUUUCUUUAAAAUAAACCAAAUUGCAGACGAAAUAUGGUAAACCUAGGUAUUGGUGAAUAUAUCCUAGAUGGACUCCUUGCUGUCAAAGUUUCAGGUACUGCAUGCCAUACUUACUCCUUUGUCCUUGUAAUGUUGAUGUUUGACGUUCAGCUAUAUAUUUCUCUACACCGUAGAUUGUAUAUAUGAAUGAACACAGUUAAUGCACUAUUUGCUGCGUUCCAAAUAAGAAGUGCGUCAGGAGGCUUUUCUGGCUCCUUCUGACCCUGGCUCCCAUUGACUUACAUUGGGAUCUUGUUGCCCCUCUCUCUGUACCUGCUGUGGUGAACCUCCAUAUUUUGGUUGUAAAAUGUUCAUAUUAACCCACUCUACAUAAUCCUGAAUUUUUAAUUUUGAUAUUUUGUCCUUAAAAUAAAAUAUGAACAUAAAUAACGGACCAAUCAGAUGCCUUCAUUCUCCAGGGUUGCUCCCGCUAGUGUUAGCCACAGGUUUAAUUGACAGCUAGUGUGUUUUGUUGCUAAGCCCCCUUCCCGGUGAGAAGGGCGGGCAUAUUUAAUGACCUCAAUCAUGAUUGGCUCUUGUGGUUGCUAUGAUACUUGCGGUUGGAUUUCCAAAUAUGGAGCCUGGCUCCAAAUUCGCUCCUGUAACUCCUGUAGCAUCGAGAGCUUCAUUUGAGCGGAGCUGAACGCUGUGGGUGACGUCACACUCGCUUAGUACACUUCGUUAUACAGUUUAUGCUCCACACUCACUCCACACAACAAUAAACUUAUCUUAGUCCAUCAUGAGUCAUCCUCUGAGGUCUUGGAUGAGAUGCUGACUACAUGCCUGUUCACGCAAAAUGUAACGUAAGUAUGCCUGUUGGACGGUGCCCUUUCAGACAAACUCAGUUUCUUUCUGCUUCUUCCUGGGCUGCAGAGGGUUUAUCGCUGUUCACUGUUCAUCACUAAUCCUACUUGCAACAGGUUUUAGGGGGAGAUUCUGUUUGCAGUUCUACAAAUUAAUACACUAUGAGAGAGAGAGAGAUUUUAUAUCCCGAGGGAAAUUCAAGUUUGCUGCCACAAACUGUUGCAGUUUUGCUGCAACAUUUACAGUGUGCUUCUCUGUCACCUUUGUGUCUCAGUCAAAGGUCUCAUUUUAACUGGUCAGGUAGGGUCAGCAGAUCCUGUGGAAGAGCCAAAAGUGUCCCUCCUUUGUGCCCUGCAGCAUCACAGAAGUGUCCAGGCGGAACAAGGUGAACAUAACAGGAAAGGCCCCAUUCUUACUCUGCUGUGGUGUGUUAGUAUUCAUUCCCUCAAAGUAUUUCAUCUGGAAGGUCCUCUGCCCAUAGACUGUAUAAAAAUGAUUGUUAUUAAUUUUAUUUAAACCUUUCCACACUCAAAGACACCGUACAAACAACAAUUAAGACACAUAACAAUUAAGACAUGGUGUAAAAAGCCUGUAAUAUCUCAAAUGUCCAUAGCUAGCUCCUUAGCUAGUGUCUUGCAUGGUGGUCUACAUGAAUACGGGAAAAACAAACAUUCAUUUCACACAAUCCAACAGUCCCUUACUUGUGUACUUUGAACUGCACAUGCUGCAUUUCUUAGUUGGUUAAAAUCCCAUCAUAUGAUCUUCUAAAUUAAUGUUAAAAACAGCAGGUCACCUUCUGCUUCAUCCUCAGUGCCUCAGGCAAUCAUGCAGAGGACAAUAAAGUAUUUCCCCUACUGAACACUUGUGAUACUGCAGCAAAAGACAUGAAUGGUUGACAACAUUAUUACUCAAAAUGGACAACAUUCAUACCUUUCAGCAGUAACAUUUCAGAUUUUAUUCUCAUGUGGAAAAAAACUUAUUUUCUUUUAUGUGUGGGAAAAUGCUGUUUUAUGUACAUUCAGACCUCACAAAUAAAGUAAACUCUUUUUUUUUUUGGAUUGUGUAUUCAUAAGUAGCCUAUUGGAACCUGUUAUCCCAUGAAUUUCUGUUCUGUAUUUGCAAUGUAUUUAUAAUCAUAUGACAUAAACUAAAACAAUUGAUAAAAAAUAAUGAACUAUGGAUGAAAUGUCUUUUUUAGUAUUAUGUUUGUCUAAAAUGUUAUUUCUGAGCACAACUUGCUCAAUGCUUCAUCUACUGGUAAAUGCUGGUAAAAGAAUUAGGGCUGCAAUAAUUGAUCUUUUUAUAAUAAAGAC